AUGUUUAUUGCCAAGGACCUGAAAGACGUGCUAAGGUUAGCUUGUCUUUCUCGUGUGUUUUACAUAUCGAUUUCAUGCAUCGCAUCCAUUUUGAUUCCUCCCUUCGAUAAGUCCACGGCACUUGUUCAAACAAACUCUUGCAUGAAGUUUUUGCUAUCAUGGGACGCUGUCCACUUCCUUGAAAUAAUGAAAAAUGGAUAUGCAAAGAUACACGAAACUGCAUUCUUUCCUUUCCUUCCUUAUGUAUCGCGCACAGUUAAUAAAAUAUUGAGAAUAGAGCCAUACACCACAGGUGUGCUCGUUUCCUGCUUAGCAACAAUUUCGAGCUCAGGUAUUCUAUACAAAAUAACACUCAAACGAUACGGUCCAACUAUUGCAAAAAUUAGUGCUGUUUUGUUUAUAUUCAAUCCUGCAUCAAUCGUAUAUACAGCAAUGUAUUCAGAGUCAUUAUUUAUGCUGGCCUUUCUUCUUGGAAUAUACUUCCUGGAAGAAAACAGCUCGUUACAUGGAACAGUGAUGCUUUCAUUGUGUGGAUUGUGUAGGUCAAAUGCAGUUUUAUUUGCUCCAUUUGUACUAUUUCCCUUGAAUGUGUUUUCUAUAAUGAGAACCGCGUUCUUUCUGCUUCCGUUAGCUGCAUUCCAGUAUUACUCGCUUCUAAUUAUUAACAACGCAAAAAAUACAUAUAGAAUAUUUGUACCGUAUUCAUAUGUCCAAAAAAUGUAUUGGGAUCAGGGACUGUUCAAGUUCUUUACCAGCAACAACAUUCCAAACAUCAUUCUUGGAAUUCCAUUCUUGGCAAUUUCAAUAUACAUACUCGUUGAGUAUUGGAAUGGCAGACUAGAUGCCAACAAAACCGUCGUCGGGCUUCAGAAGAACAGUUUACAUAAACGUAAUACUCGCCUAAUGGCCAUUAUAUUAUUUGCACAGACUCUGAUUGCUGUGUUUCUAAUUCAUUGGAAUAUGUACUUUAGGUUCAUUUCAUUCAAUCCGCUGAUCUACUGGAUACUGGCUGAAAAGUACAACACAAUCCAGAACAAAUUCCUACGGAGACUGCUGUUCAGGUUCUUCUUUGGGUUCGGGAUUAUCUAUGCACUUCUUUUUGGAUGUUUCUAUCCACCAGCCUAA